CUACUCACUUUCAUGUUGUUGUUGUUGUUGUUGUUUUUUUCUGUGGUACAUGAUUGAAGAUAUAUUGAAGAAUGUUGAGAACCAAACAGCAUUGGAUCGCAAUGACUUCCAUUGUAUGGACAUAUUCGGAGACAUUUCUUAGAAUAUAUUUUUUUAUGUUCCACGAAAGAAUGUUAUACAAUGUUAUAAGAAGGUGAUGACAGAAUUGUUAUUGAACUAUCCCUUUAAUGUGCUCAUAAAACCACAAAGAUCGUCCUUGACCUUGACCAACCAUAUUUUUUUCCACGCACUCCAUGAAGUCAACUUUAAUGGCCUAUGAAGGAUAUUUGAUCAUUUUCAAGAUGCAUUUGACAUGAGCUAUUGGACAUAAACUGGACAGGCCUCACAAAUAUAUUGGACAUUCCAGGGCUUAAUGGCUUUUCAGACCACAUGAUCCAGGAUAUUAUCAGCACUUACAUGGUGUUGCCUAACAGGAUCACUGUACCACUGAUAGGUGAGGUUGAACUGGCCAAGCUUCGUUUCCCUAUGCCAAAGGGAGUUCUAAGGAUUCAUUUUCUUGAAGCUCAGAAUCUGGAAGUUAAGGAUACAUAUCUGGGCGGGCUGAUCAAAGGGAAGUCUGACCCCUAUGGCAUGCUGCUGGUUAGCAAUCAGCUCUUUAGAAGCAAGACCAUCAAAGAAUGUCUGCACCCCAAAUGGAAUGAGGUGUAUGAGGCACUAGUAUAUGAACAUUCAGGACAACAUCUGGAAAUUGAGCUCUUCGAUGAAGACCCAGAUAAAGAUGACUUCUUGGGCAGUCUAAUGAUUGACUUGAGUGAGCUUCAUAAAGAACAGAAGGUUGAUGAGUGGUUUGACUUGGAAGAAGUUACUACAGGCAAACUUCAUCUGAGAUUAGAGUGGCUGUCAUUGUACCCAAGUGCUGAGAAACUAGAUCAAGUAUUAAGGAGCAUAAGGGCUAAUGAAAAUCUUUCCUCAGCUCUGCUAGUUGUUUACCUGGACUCUGCCAGUAAUUUGCCGACCAAUCCUCUUGACUUUAACCCUGAUGUCCCCAAACCCCCUUAUAAAGGCCUGAAGUCUGGGAAAAAAGUGAGCAUAGAUCCAAAUCCUUUUGUCAAACUGACUGUAGGACAAAAGAUGUACACAAGCAAGGUGAGGUUUAAAACUAGUGAGCCGCUGUGGGAGGAGGCUUUUCACUUCCUUAUCAACAACCCCCGCACUCAGGAACUGGAAAUUGAGGUGAGGGAUAGUAAGCACAAGUGCUCUCUGGGUAGUGUGCGGGUGGCAGUUGCUUCUCUCCUGAAGGAGGCAGAUAUGACGCUGAAUCAGCAGUUCCCCCUGCAGAACUCUGGCCCCAGCAGCACCCUCAAACUCAAAAUGGCUCUCAGGGUUGGUGUGUCUGUCCUCUGUUUAGAGAAGGAGGUCACAUCCAGCCAGCCGUCUUCUGUCCGGGUCAGACACAGUAGUCAGAAUAACUCUUGCGUGACUCCUCAACCUCAAACAGUCACUAGCACCAGCAACUCCACAGUCAUCCAGCCAUCACAAAACCCAUCUUGUACCCUCGCACCGGACACCCCUCAUGGGAAAAGAGGAUCUGAUGGCUCCCCGGUGCGGUUAGCAGAGGCAGGCCGCAGCAUCUCCAGUCUGGAGAUAAGCAGCUUGCACAAGCAUCAGUCUCACAGAGACUCUACACCUAGUCUGGCCUCUGACAUUUCACUGCCGUCUGGCACACUGGAACUGCAGCAGAGGUUACAGAAGCUACAAAACGGCUCUGGGCUGAGACAGUAUCCACUCGGUGAAGUCCAGCUCACUAUCCGACACAGCUCACAAAGAAAUAAACUUAUUGUAGUGGUUCAUGCCUGCAGAAACCUCAUAGCACUGACUAAAGAUGGUUCAGACCCAUACAUCCGUCUGUACCUGUUACCAGACAAGAGCCGGAGUGGCUGCAGAAAAACCAGCACACUCAAGAAGACACUCAAUCCUAUCUACGACCAGUCCUUUGAGUUCAGUGUGUCUAUAGUGGAACUGCACAGGAGAACUUUGGAUGUCGCUGUCAAGAAUGGAGGAGGACUGUUGUCCAAACACAAAGUACUACUAGGCAAGGCACUUGUGGACUUGGCAAGUGAAGACAUUUCGAAAGGAUGGACUCAAUGGUAUCAUCUAACGGAGGAUGGCUCGAAGAAGAUAAUUCAGAUGUAGUGGUCCAUGCUAGAAAGCAGAAAUGAAUGGAACAGCAGAUAACUGGGACAUGUCACGGCAUGCACAGGAUAAUGUAGAGGCUUUAGUAGCAGAAGAGCAGUGCUGGACUAACUAAACCAGGCUACUUCUACUGGGAUUUACACUGGCCUACAAAGUGUCUCUCUCAUUCUCACCAAAGCUAAAAUUGCCACCUGAAGCAUCUGUCCCGCUUACUUUCAAUCUGAUAGUCUUUUUUAUUUUAUCCUUUUAUUCAUCUUAUUGGUGUUUGGUCGCAUAACUUCACUUUUUAUCAGAUAAAAAUGGUUGCCCAUGAAGUUAUGAAACAACAGUAGACAAAAAGAUCAUUAGAUUUAUUAUUAAAUGUGCCUUUAUUUAUUGUAUUCAAGUUAUUUUGAUAAUAUUAUUAAACUUUUUGAUUUCUUUUUAAUACUAUGUUUUGUAAGCAAUCAAUCAGAAAAAAAUGUUAUGUUGCUGGUAAGUCAGACAUGUUAUUGUAGCAUUGUUGUUUGUUUGAGGCAGUAUAUUACACAAAACACGUGGCCAAAGACAUGGUUGCAAGGUUGCAAGUGCAAAAGAAAGGCUAUACGUAUGUAUGUAUAUAUGUAUGUAUGAACAUUUCCUUUUCUUUAGAUUUUUUUUCUUUAGAUUUUUACAGUUACAGAAAAACCAAGCUAUGUUCAGCUCUUCAUAAAUGAUCCAUUGAUAAUUUAUUUUUAAAGUAUUUUACUGUAUCCUGUUGCACAACACAAGAUGAACAGCCUGUAAAGAAAUGUUUGAUACCCGUUUUGUCUGCAAGAGUUUUAUGAGGAAAAGCAAAAUGUGUUUUUAGUAUGCGACAUUUGUAAGAUGAUAAUAGCUUGGUUACAAAGUGUUUUGGAUUGUUUCAAGACUGUGAAAUGGCUGUUGAUAUGUUUUCCAGCCUUAUUCUUCUCUAUGCAUUAUGCAUGAUAUAAUUAAAAUAUGAAAUGCAACAUGAAUCACAAUGAACUUGUAACUUUAACCCAUUUUAGAGUUGAAGGGCCUGAAUGCAUGUUAUUACCUUAAUUGUUUAAACAGUUAUUUUAAUUUUGUGUCUAUUUGUACUUUUGUUUUUAAGGCCGGGUCAUUCCUGGGAUUCAGUGCCUUUUUGACAUCAUAACACUAAAAAAAAAAAAAUGUUUUAGUAAAUUCUUGUGCAAUCCUGAUAGGGAGCUGUAAAAAGUGAAAAAUAAAUUGGUAUAUAAAUAUAUGGUAUAUACAACCUUAGGUAUAUAAAUUCAAGCAAUUAUAAGCCAAAUUAAAUGAGGAGGUGGUCCAAAAACGUCCACCCUGUUAGGGACAAAUGAACAACAAUUUUAAAUAUUUAUGUAUAUGUAAAAUUUAACCUUUAAAAUGUAAAAAAAAGUUUAAAUACACCACUUCUUCAACUUAAACAUCAAUCGCUGUCACU